AUGAAGAUCUCUCCAGAAACAAUCAACAAACUCCAACUGGAUCCAUCAUGCAUCCGAAACAUAUGUAUCCUUGCCCACGUCGAUCAUGGUAAGACAUCACUAAGUGAUUCCUUAUUAGCAACCAAUGGGAUCAUUUCUCAACGAAUGGCAGGAAAAGUCAGAUAUUUGGAUUCAAGAGAAGAUGAACAAUUAAGAGGAAUCACAAUGGAAGCAUCGGCAAUUAGUUUAUAUUUCAAGAUUAUGAGAAUGAAAGAAGGUGAAACUGAACCUGAAAUUAAUCAACAUUUGAUAAAUUUAAUUGAUUCUCCUGGUCAUAUAGAUUUCAGUAGUGAAGUUAGUACGAGUUCAAGAUUAUGUGAUGGGGCGGUUGUGUUGGUGGAUGUGGUUGAAGGGGUAUGUUCUCAAACUAUUAAUGUUUUGAGACAAUGUUGGAUUGAUAAAUUGAAACCAUUGUUGGUUAUUAAUAAAAUUGAUAGAUUGAUAAUUGAAUGGAAAUUAUCUCCGUUGGAAGCAUAUCAACAUAUUUCCAGGGUUAUUGAACAGGUUAAUUCGGUUAUUGGGUCUUUUUAUAGUAGUGAUAGAUUAGAAGAUGAUUUGAAUUGGAGAGAAGGUGGGGAGAUUGGGGAAUUUAUUGAAAAGAGUGAUGAAGAUUUAUAUUUUACUCCAGAAAAGAAUAAUGUUAUAUUUGCCAGUGCAAUUGAUGGUUGGGCAUUUUCAAUUGGUACAUUUGCUAAAAUAUAUUCAAAACAAUUAGGAUUUUCUCAAAACGUAUUGGGUAAAACUCUUUGGGGUGAUUAUUAUUUAAAUAUGAAAGAUAAGAAAAUUAUCCCCGGUAAAAAACUUAAAUCAACCAUAAAUCAAAAACCAUUAUUUGUUUCACUUAUUUUAGAUCAAAUUUGGGCCAUUUACGAAAAUUGUAUAAUUGAUAGAAAUCAAGAAAAACUUGAAAAGAUAAUUACCAAAUUAGGUACCAAAUUAACUCCAAGAGAUUUACGGUCAAAAGAUUAUAAGAAUUUAUUAAACAUAAUUAUGACCCAAUGGAUACCUUUAAGUCAUGCCAUCUUAGGUGGGGUGAUUGAAUAUUUACCUUCACCCAUUGAUGCACAACGUGAAAGAAUUGAUAAAAUCUUAGAAGAAACGAUUUAUUCCGUAGUUGAAACCGAACAUGAUCAUGCCAAAUUAGUUGAUCCUGAAUUCGUCACAGCAAUGAAAAAUUGUGAUAAUACUCAACCUGAAAAACAUACAAUUGCUUAUGUAUCUAAAUUAAUCUCAAUUCCAAAUGAAGAUUUACCAAAAGAAGUAUCUACAACCGGAUCAGACCUCACAGCAGAACAAAUCGCCGAAAGAAGUAGAUUAGCUCGAGAAUUAGCUAGAAAAGCAUCCGAAGCGGCCGCUUUAGCACAAGAUACCAAAACCAACGAGGACGAAUAUGUAAUCAAAAAGAAAGACCCAUUCGAAUGGGAAUUUGAAGAAGAUGAAUUCGAAGAAGAAGAAGAUGAAGAGGAUUGGAAACAUUCCACUGAAACAUUGGUCGGAUUCACGAGAAUCUAUUCCGGGUCCUUAUCCAAAGGACAAUCAAUCACCGUUAUUGGACCCAAAUAUGACCCUUCUUUACCUAAUUCCCAUCCCACUAAUAUGGAUCAGGUGAAUACUGUAGAAAUUAAGGAUUUGUACUUAAUAAUGGGUCGUGAACUCGUUCGUAUGCCAGCUGUCCCCGCCGGGAAUAUUGUCGGAGUAGUAGGAUUAGAUGAAGCAGUAUUAAAGAAUGCAACAUUAUGUUCACCUCAUAGUGAUGAAAAGCCAUAUAUCAACCUUGCAUCAACAUCGGCCUUAAUUCAUAAUAAACCAAUUAUGAAAAUUGCCGUCGAACCUACUAAUCCUAUGAAAUUGGCAAAAUUGGAGAAUGGACUUGAUCAAUUGGCAAAAGCCGAUCCGGUCUUGGAAUGGUAUACUGAUUCUGAAUCGGGGGAAUUGAUCGUAUGUGUGGCCGGGGAAUUACAUUUGGAAAGAUGUUUGAAGGAUUUACAGGAGAGAUUUGCAAAAGGGUGUGAAGUUGUUGUUAAGGAACCGGUUAUUCCGUUUAGAGAAGGGUUGGCUGAUGAUAAAAUAAAUACCAUGAAUCAUCUGGAAGAUAAUAAUGCCGGGGGUGAAGAAAGUGAGGAUGAAGAAGAUGAGUUGGUGGAUUUGGAAUUUGAAGUAAGUCCAUUGCCUGGUGAAAUUACGAAGUUUUUGACAAAUCAUGAAUUAACAAUUGGAGAAAUUGUCAAUAGUAAACAUGAUAUAACUGAAUUAAAAGCCGAUUUCAUUGAUAAAUUUACAAAAAUUAUUGAACGAGAGAAUUUCAAUCAUGGUUAUAAGGACACCACUUCGUUCAUUAAUCAUAUUAUUGCAUUUGGUCCAAAGAGAAUUGGACCUAAUAUCUUUAUAGAAUCCGAAUCUAGCAAUAAUCAAUUCAAACAUGUCUUUUCCGAUAUCGUCCCUGAAACUCGAUUCGAAUAUGAUAACAACAUUUUAAACGGGAUCCAACUCGCAUUAAACGAAGGACCAAUAGCUUCAGAACCAUUACAAGGUUUGAUAAUCACCUUAAAACGUGCCAUCAAGAAUGACAUCGAUGAAGACACAAAAAUCAUAAACCCGGGCCGAAUCAUUGUCCAAACCCGUGACUUAAUCCAUCAACGUAUCUUAGCCAAAUCUCCUCGAUUAUUUUUGGCAAUGUAUACCUGUGAAAUCCAAGCCAGUGCGGAAGUAUUAGGGAAAGUAUACGCUGUGGUACAAAAACGUGGUGGUGCUAUCAUUUCUGAAGAAAUGAAGGAAGGUACUCCAUUUUUCACAAUUGUCGCCCGCAUACCUGUGAUUGAAGCUUUUGGGUUUAGUGAAGAGAUGAGAAAGAGGACAAGUGGUGCAGCUUCACCUCAGUUGGUGUUUGAUGGGUAUGAUAUGUUGGAUAUUGAUCCUUUUUGGGUGCCUCAUACUGAAGAAGAAUUGGAAGAGUUGGGAGAGUUUGCUGAAAGAGAGAAUGUUGCAAGACGGUAUAUGAAUAAUAUUAGGAGAAGGAAGGGGUUGUUUGUGGAUGAGAAGGUUGUUAAGAAUGCAGAAAAGCAGAGAACGUUAAAGAAGGAUUAA